AUGUUCCGCGUGGAACUCCUCGCAAAUUCCUCAUCCCACGCGACCCCCGGCUACACCUAUGUCGCCGACCGGGGCUUCGACCCCGCCAAAGCCGCCAUGGCCCCGGCCCUCGGCCGCAAACGCGGAAUUCACAACGCCGGCAAAGGCGGCGACAUCUCCUCACGACGCGCAAACGCUAUCAUCCGCCACCUGGCCGAAUUAGAUCGCGAGAACCAGCGCGACGUGCAAAUCCCCGUCCCCGCGCGGCCGGCGAAGGAAGCCGGCGCACGCGUCUCACGAACAAAAACUACCUCGAACGUGCGCCGUAUUUUGGUCUCGCAGAAGACGUUUCGGAACCACCUUGAUGAUGAGGAGGCUGCUAUUGCUGCGGGUGGUGGUGGGUUGAGUAUACCGGUUGGUGCGGCGGCGGUUGCGCCUGUGAUUCCGUCGAGGGUGAAGGUGGUGGCUGCUGCUGCUGCGUCACGAAGGAGUUCGACGCCAGCUUCGACCGCUGCUGCGAGGAAGAAACGUCCUUCGGCUGUAGCUGCGACAACUGCUACGCCUGCGCCGUCACAACCCGAGACUACCGAUGCUGAAGUUGAAGAUGAUACCGCCGAACCGAAACACAAGCUCAUUAAGACGGAACAUGAUAAUGACCCUCUGCUGCGAUCAUAUGCUCCGACUAUGCCGUCAGAGCGGAUUAUGGAUCGUCUUUUGGCGGAGCCGGCUUUGUCGUAUAAUGCUUCGCGUGCUGGACCACCCAUCUCGACACAAUUACCUCGCGCGUUUUGCUGUAUGUGUGGAUAUUGGGGCAAGAUUCGGUGUAAGAGUUGUCAUUUGCGGACUUGUGGGUUGGACUGCUACAAGGUCCAUGAAGAUUCGAGGUGUGGUGCCUUCUUCUAA